AUGGCUGCCGCAGUUGCGAACCAGCCCAAGCACGACUGGGCCGACGACGACGAUGUCGAGGAGACCUCCACCGAUCUCCCUGAGCCUCAAACCAUCGCCAACAAGGAUGGGACAAAGACGAUCAUCACUUUUAGAUACGACGAUGACGGUAGAAAGGUCAAGACCGUUCGCAGAGUGCGAUUCAUCACCCACACCGAGACCGUAAACCCCCGUGUCGCCGACCGAAAAACCUGGCCCAAGUUCGGCCUCAGCGCAAAGGAUCCCGCAGGCCCUGCUCCCGAUACCACCUCGGUCGGUGAGAACAUCAUCUUCCGACCAAGCGUCAACUGGCGAAAGGCCGAGAAGGACGAGUCCACCGACAAUACCGCCCAGACCAUGAAGGAUCAGCUCAAGGACAAGCAGGUCAAGUGUCGUAUUUGCAACGGUCAGCAUUUCACUGCCCGAUGUCCUUACAAGGACACCAUGGCACCCAUCGGAGAGAGCGGCGCUGCCGAUGUCGCUGCUGGUAUGGGAGACGAGCCUUCACCCGCCGCGGCUGCUGGUGCCAAGAAGGGUUCAUAUGUUCCUCCUGCCCUGCGUGGCAACGGAUCUGCUGGCGAGAGAAUGGGAUCCAAGUUCGGCGAGAGGGACGACCUUGCUACACUGCGUGUUACCAACGUUUCCGAGAUGGCCGAGGAGGGAGAGUUGCGCGAUAUGUUCGAACGCUUUGGUCGUGUCACCCGAGUAUUCCUUGCCAAGGACAGAGAAACCGGUAUGGCCAAGGGUUUCGCCUUCAUCAGCUUUGCGGACCGCGGCGAUGCCGUCAAGGCUUGUGCGAAGAUGGACGGAUUUGGUUUCAAGCAUCUCAUUCUCCGGGUGGAGUUUGCCAAGAAGGCUCAGUAA